AUUCGCAUCGCGACGCCCUUCGUUCCCACGAUCCGCACCCGAAAGGUGGAUCGAGGGCCACGAGCAACGGUACCAAUCGAACUCGAUUCGUGUGCGAUAAACCCUGUGCCCAGGAACUCCCUCGCAUCGCGUUUUAUUCUUCGAGUGCGUGACAACAUUUAAAAUAAAUAAAUAAAUUGUAAUACGUUAAACCGUUCACGUGUAACUUAGUGUGAAAAGAGUUUGAAAGAAACAAUUUCUAUUCCUUUUUUUUAAUCGAUAAGGUGAAUUGCAAUAAACGAAUACUUUAAUCUCGAUGGAAAUUACGAAGUUCGUCGAUGAAUUCUGAGACCACUCGAGGUUUCUUAUUUACUCUGUUCGUGUUGAUAGUGUGUUGAUUGUGAGUGCCGAAAGAGAAAGAGAAAAGGAUAACGUGUUCGCCAGGCCACGUUGAUUUUUGCCCACGUUUGCGUCGAUCGCUCGAAACACAAACGGACCGUUAGUUUUUCGUAAUCACGUGAAUCUUCAUACGGUGUCUCUUCAGUUCGCUUCGAUCGGCCGUGGGGCGCUAUCGAAAUUGAAAAUUAUGCAAACAUAAUUUUCAUCGUGGCGCCCGUUUGCGUCAGCGCUGCGCGCCAGUGGUACACGUCCUGUCUGCCUUGUUUUACAAAGUUCACUGCCAUUGCAGCGGGAUAAUUCAAGUAAAUUUUGUCGUUUCAAGCAAUUUUCGUACGCUUUCGGGAUGGAGUAACUCGAAGACGGUGGAUAUAGGAUGAGGCGACGUAGAGAGAGCCAGUGAAGAUGAUAUUAAGGCAGGGAACUGAUUGAAACGAGGGAAAUGGCGAUUCUCGCGUCCGUUAUUGUAAUGGGUGCUGCGCGUUUGAGUGUGUGGUGCGGAGCUGUGCUGUUCGUGGCUACGACGCUUGUCCGCUCCGAAAUCUCAUGGACACCAGUCUACUUGGGGCAACACAUUCCAGGUCAAGUGGAUCUUUGGACACAAAAGACGAAAGGGUGCCCCUGCAGUUUUAAUUCGUCCAGCAACGAGUGCGCGUGCUGCGUCCCGUCAGGAGGAUGCAGUUGUGGUGCAGCAUCGCCGGACAGAUGCGUUCAGUGCGGACUGGAGGAACACUGCGGCAAUAUGUGCAAUAUAACGCUGGACAGCAAGCAGUUGUUCAGCAAAUCGGAUCGUGGCUUCGGGCAAAUAAAGUCGCCACCUCUUGAAGGGCCAUCCAGGUGUACGUAUAGGUUCGUCCCAGACACGGGCCAACGAGUCGAGGUACAAAUCCAUCGACUGAUUGCGAUUGGGCGACAUAACGGCACAGCAUGCGAGGGUGGUUGGCUCCAGCUCGAAGGCGGUGCUCGAGUUUGCGGCCGCGACGAACGUUUCGGUCAACCCGUUGUUCUGUUUUCCGACAAACAGGUCCCAAUUCUCCACAUGCAGAUAAACGAGAACACCACGAGAUCCCAGUUCAUGGCGUACUUUAGCUUCUCGUCCAGAGCAAGCAUGUCCGUUGGCUGGCCAGUGAAAGGCGGGUAUCCAGUGAACAACACAGAAUGCGACUGGGUGUACGAAGACACCGACUGCCACGAUGGAUGCGUACUAGCGAGUCCCGGAUAUCCUGGCCUAUAUCCUCCGAACAUCCGGUGUCUGUACUUAAUUACUUCCGGUCCUCGGAUGUCCAUUGCAAUUAACUUCAGCUCUGUGCUACUCCCGGACAAUCACCGCACAAGCGACUAUAUCGCCGUGUAUUCGGGACCAACAACGUCGAGUCCUCUCCUGAGGAUGCUAUGCUGCAAUGAAACCGACUCCUUGAAAUACGAUGGACAGAAGCUUCUAGUCGAAUUCAAAACGGGUCCUGAAGUGCCACCAUACAAUUACAACGGUUUCGUUGCGAGUCUAAGUUUCAUCGAAAUAACGACGGAAGCGCCGACGACAGUUACUGCGGACCCCAUCAAUAAAAAUCUGGACACGAUGAAGUCGAUCGGUUACAACGUGCACUACAGCAACCGGGCCCUCCACGAUCACAGAAAGGACCAGGGCUCGGUGACGAGCAGCUGCGACCUGGAGGUCAAUGGCGAGGAUGUUCGUUCGGGUCACCACGACACCAGAGGGAAGCUCAAGUCGACGACGUGCAGACUCGUGCUUCGAGGACGUGCUUAUGACACAGGACACGUUUCGCUGGCCAGUUACAAUCUCAGUGCUCCCUCCUGUCAAUCUUCGAUCGAAAUAUACGACGGGAUUCCCGAAGAAGUGAUGCUUGGCACCAUGAAAUCUCUCAAGAGAAUCUGCAGUCCAGCGCAGAGACUUCCACGGGAAUUCAAGCAACAAGAUACCUACAUCGAACCGAAAAGGUACUCGUCCAACGGCAGAAAUAUGAUGGUCGUUCUGAGACGAGCCUCGAAUAGCCCCACCGACGAGGAAUACAUGGACGUCUCCUACUACUUCCACAAUGAACGCGAGGGUGGCACUCAACAACCGGCCAGCGUGUGCAACGUUGAAUAUUACGGAUUGACCUCACGGGUGAAUGGUUCCGUGGUGCAUCCGGAGCCUCACCGAUUAUCCGCCAUGAAGGGGCCUAUAAAGUGCAAGCAGCACUUCAUUCCAGCUCGUAAUCAGUCGGUCGUCAUUCGAGUGGAAAGCAGUACGGAACGGAGACCGAACAACACGUGCGAAACCAAGUGCGGGGACAGCGGCUGUCAGUGCGACAGCAGUGAAUCCCUCGAGACAAUGGACCACCUUCUACUGGUCUCUGAAACUGGUCACAUCGUCACCUGCCUCUGCGGGAAUUAUCAGGACUGGCUUCCUGUUGGCAUCCGUAGCUGGACACCAGUAUACAUUGAGUGGUCGAGGUCCUCGGAGGGCCUCAAUUUCCGCGCGGCUUACGAGUUUAUCAACGACACUUAUUGCGGUGAUUACACGACUACCAAGCUAGAAGGCGAGGUCAAUGGCGGUGACCUGGCCAGCAGCGGGCUGAAGCUAAAUCAGUACUAUCAGCAAAGAUGCACGUGGAUAUUGCAGUCAUUGACGGAUCGACAGCUCACCAUUGAAGUGAAAUCUACACAGAGCCGACCCUGCACCGCUUGGAAUCUGACGAUACACGAGUACAGCGAGAUUGGCGAUCCAGCUGGUCCAAGGCUGCACACAUUCUGCUCGAGGGACACGCACAAAAAUUUCACUCUUCCCUGGAAGACGAACACAGUCGUCGUUAGAUUACAAGCUCUUGGAAGAACCGCUCCAGAGUAUACGAUGAAGUGGAGAAGUCAAACGGUAAUCGCGAAUACUCACAAGAGUGGACCAUCGCCGGCGCCUAAUCACGUGCGCGAUUCCUCGAGUGGAAACCGAUCACACGAAAUGAUGAUCCUAAUUCUCGCCACGAUACUGCUCGCUCUAACGACCGGUUGUUGAGUAAUGGAGCUUGACAUGUCGUGUCCGUACACGUUCCUGUUCAAUGAGAAACAAACUAUACGAACAAGCCCAAGGUUGGUCUUGUGUGUGUAUCUACACGGUUCUGAUAUCAUAUCGAUGCUCGUGUUUUCCUGCUUGGAUUACUUUUAAUGGUUCACGACAGGAUGAUGAAUUUUGAAAACCAUGGUAACGUUUGGAAACUUCAUUUAAAGUCCAUUGUAUAAUUUUUUCAAAUAAUUAUCUAUUACCUGGAAGUACAUAGAGCGAAUCAUAGAUGUGUUGACUUAAAAUGAUUGAUAUGAAUUCUUAGAACAAAAUAUUUUGGGCUAUUAAUCUGGACAAGGUUUCAAGCAAAGACAAAAAAAUGUUUAAAACAAAAGUUAAUUUGUUUUCAAUCGGCUACAAAUUUUCGUGUGAAGAAUUUGCAAACAAACUUUUUUUUCCAUAAAAUGUCAAAGUACACUUGACUUAACUUUGCAAUUUUCUAAAUCUUGCUAUAUGAAGGUUUAAAGAAUACCCUUCGUUAUCUGAUAUUUAAGAACAUAAGAAAAAAAGAGAUCAUUUGCCUUUCUUGUUUAUCUUCUGAAUUUUACUACAAAAUUUUUAUUUGAAUAAAUUCUACGUCCAAUUGUAUAGAGUCCCUUCGUUUAGGCUGACGAAAAAAUUGUCUGAUCACAAAUUCAUCUGAAAUAUAAAGUUAAGGAAAUUUUACAAUCUGCCUAAAUGUAACUAAUGUUAAAUUAUUCAGUUUUUAAAAUCUUUCAAAUAUUUGUAUCGGUUUAUAGUUAAACAUUGACCUUAAGGUAAUCACAUACCUAUAUUUUAAACAAACUUCCAAAAGCUAUCUUAUAAUUCAGCCAGUUAUCCUGUCGCAAUCCUUCAGCGAAGUAAUAAAGGAAGAGUCUAAGAAUUUCAAUUUACUUGACUGAAUAAACGAUAAUCAGGCAAUCAGUUUCUGUGUAAUUCAAGUAAACAGUAUCUGGAUAAUCGAUAUUCAGAUAAUUGUCUCACUACUGUACCUUUCGAUAGAAUUAAUUCGUCCUGACAGAGGAACACGCUAACAAUGCCGAGCAAUUUUAGCGAAAUAUCGGAAUCAUUUUACACAGACACGGGUUGUGAUAGAAUCGCCGGUGACAGAACGUUGAUUUCAAAUUUUAUCUAUAGCGCGGGCAACAGGUUGUUUCUGAAUUGCUCUGCGCAAAUGCAGGCAUCGCUAUGUAUUCUUAUUUACCGAACAAAUAUAUGAACUUUUCAUGAAACAAGUGUAUGUGAAUAUUUGUUAAAAAACAAUGCAAUUUUUUGCGCUAGAGUAUUGUUUGAAUCGGUUGAUCGUUUAUAUGUGAACGUUUUAUUGCACAAUAUACACACUUGGAAACUCAAUAAAACAAUAGACUAGGAUUAAUUGGAACGUUUUUGAUUAUAUAUUUUACCGUGACUUUAUUCUAUGUUCUAUCUGUUUUACAAUAGUCUUCAACUAAAGCAAAAUUUGUUUUCAUAAAUACUAUCAAAAUAGUUUUUUAGAAGAAUCUCGACAAACGUUUCAAAUGACCUUAUGCCUGGGUCAAUAAAAAGCAAUGCUUGAAAUUAGUUGUUGCAUCUAUGAGUAAAAGAUAAUUAUGUUCAAAGAAUUAUUUUUAUUUCUUAAUAUUCACCUUCAACAGCAUUAUUAAAUGAAUUACGAAUGAGCUAAUAAACAACUACAAUACAUACUAAACAAAAAUUAGAUUCAUUAAAAUCACUAAAAAUGAAACAAGAUUUAAUCAAAUUACGUGAAAAAUUCUAUACGUCAAGUGAAAAAUGUUUCAAUCGACAACGAAACAAUUGUAUGAACUGACCUAACUCCGUUGUUCCAAGUAUUUAAUGUCACAGAAAAAAAGUAGAUAGGUGUUUAACAUUUUAAAAUCAACUGGGAUAUUCAUCGUUAUGAUAAUAUAAAUUUGACAAAAAAAUAACAACAGAUUUGAAUAAAUGAACAAUAUAAAAACAGUUGGAAAACUUAUUUUUCCUGUUCGAAAAGUAAUACAUCCAAAUAAAAAUGUUCUAAGUGUCCAAAUCAUUGAUAAGUACUAAGCGACACGUUUAGACAUGAAAACUGGUCCUUCUUCCACCAACCAUUUUUAAGAUAUUUCACAUGUUUCUAUUGAACCAUGUUUCAAUUAAUCUCAGUCUCCACUGCCCGUUAAACACAGUAACAAUGGCUAAAUUGCACUGUAUUUCUGUACAAUGUAUUCAUAUAGGAAAUUCAGACCUCUAUUAUUCGAUUCGGGCACUAAAUCAUUCACGAAUAUAUAAAUAAAAUUAAUUACAACUUCAUAAUACGUAAUAUAUUGUGCAUUCAUAAUACAGUUAAAUAUUCAGUUAAAAUAGACGUAAUUGUAAUAUACUUUGAAUUAGCGAACAACAAUAUGUAGAUUUGAUAUUAGUUAUUUAAUUAAUUUACAUAUUAAUUAUAAGUAAUUUAUUUCAAUCACCGCUUGAUUAAAUAACUCAUUUUAAAAUGAUAGUUUGUAUGUUAAUUCCAAACAAUUGUUCUAAUUCCAAAAUAUUUUGAGAGAUAAAUUAAAAUUUAUGGACUAGAAGAUCAAUAUUUAUCAUCCGAAUACCAGUUUAUCGAAAAAUCUCGCAGACACCACGCUCAAAAUUAAAUAGUGUCAAGAAAAUUUGUGUUAGACUUUAUGAAAACACGAGCAUCGAACAAUAAUCGAAAAUAAGAGUUCUAAAACGAUUUAACCGAGGCUCAAGGGAUAUUGCUCGAACGUAAAGGUUUCUCGAUCAAAAGUUUCACGAUGACUUCUCUGGCAAAUUAGCAUAACUACAAAGGACAUAGUCGAUGAGAAUUAACAUCGAAUAAUUGGUAACGAAUCGCAUUUUGGAAUUCAACGCGCUAGUCGGACUACAUAUAUAAAUAUAUAAAUAAUAUAAAAAAUAAAUUAAAGAUAAAUGAGAAGAGAUAUACAUAUAUGCUACGAAUCACUCGGUGUAUACCACUCGUUCUAGUCCUAAGAGUCUAAUAGAACAUGUACAUAUUAUACAUACAUAUGCGUAUACAUAAAUCUGUGCAUAGGGUGGAACGUCUAAGUGGAAAUUCGCGAACGCGUCUGUCAUUUUUGAGAGCAUGACAAUCUACUCUAGAAAACAUCUUUCUAAAAUUUGUAUGAUUUUUGGCAGACUAUAAAGAGGAACCUACAUAGCUUCCAAGUUUCUGUAAUAUUCGUUCCGAAUAACCACAAUGUUAUGUAGUCAAUAUUUUCGAGCAUUUGGAAGAAAUGUUGCCAAAGUUAUUUCGCUUCAAUUUAUUUUCAGGAAUGUUUUCAAAGAGGAAAAACUUUAAUGAUCUUAAGAAUUUCUAAAGAAAUUUAUCAGCAGAAUCUUGAUGUAAUUUUGUUUAAUGUUCUUAGUCGUUACAAAAAAUAAUAUAAAAGAAGUAAGAGAGUUCGAUUACUUAAAAAUUUCUAAACAACUGGUAGUGAACAAUCUUGAUGUAAUCUUCUUCCUAUUACACUAGUUAUUUAAAAGAAAAUUAUACUAAAGUUAUUUUACUAGUGUUCAUUCUUUAAGGGUCCCUAAAAAGAAAAAAAAAAUGUAAUACCUCAAGAGUUUCUGGAAACAUGAUUCAAAGCAUUCGUGAUACAAUCUUAUCAAUAUUCCUGUUCCUUCAAACAAAAAUAAUACAACAAUUUUUUUACUGUGCUGGUUGUUCUGUAAGGACUAUGAAAGUGAAAAUAAUUUUAAUACCUUUAUAAUUUCUGAAUAAAUAAUCCUGAGGAAACUUGAUACAAUCUUCGGUUUAAUAUUCGCAUUCUUCCAUAUCAAAAUUAUUUAUUUAAAUGAUAUGUAUUGUCUCCAAGGGCCUCGAGUAGAAAAGAGCUCUUCUAGCUUUCAAAUUCCUAAAUAAAUAAUCUUGAGCAACAUAGACAUCGUCUUCCGUUUAAUGUUCACAUUCUUUCAAUGAGAAACAUUACCGAUACUAUUUCAUCAAUAUCUACUCUCACAAAGGACCUCAAAUAGGAUAGGACUCUGCUAGCUUUAAGAUUCGUAAACGAUGAUCUGUAACAUUUCUACUCAUUCAUUCCCCCUAAAAUGAACACGAAAAUAAGCACCCAGGUGAAUGUGCAUCUCGAGCGUUACUUCUUAGACUUCCUAUCCUGUGUGUAUAAAUAUACAUAUAGCGAGUAUAAAUUACGAAAAAUGGAAAAAAAAAUACGAAACAGAAUGGAAAACGCGAUGCACGGAUUUGAAGUAGCGAGAACCACACACGUCACCUCUCUCACGCAAAUGCCAAAAGUAAACGUGUAAUAAGUUAUAUUCGAUAAGAGCUCUUUGUACAUACGUGGUAAGGGCGGUUAGGAUUUGUACAGAGUAUCACGAACUACGUUAAGUCGACGGGAUUCAUUGUAAAUUCUGCGGUAAUUCAUUGUAACGAGGCGCGAUUCCGAGGAUGAAUACAGAUUGUAUUUUAACGAACGAGCUUCGAGUGCCCCAAGGGGCUUCUCGAUUAAUUGUUACACCGAACUUCCGGAAGUUCGUUGGGAAAGUCUUUUCUUCCACGUAAAGGAUGUUUGCUCGUAACUUGAUGAAACACGAAUCCGUAAAUCGUGAAUCGUUAUACGAACGAAGCUGUUCCGAUCAACUUCCGGAAACACGAUUGAUAGACUAAGUCUAAGGCAGAUUGGGCAAUAUUAUAAAUUCUUAUCUACAAAAUGUCAACUAACGACCGAAAGAUAAGCUAAAUUUUUAUUCAGUAUGUAUAUCAUAUAGAAAUUAGAAUUUUAAUUGUGUAAUGAAAUUGUAUUUUACGAGGAAAGAAUAGAAAAUGAUACGAUUUGAAGCAAUUUUACUAAUGUUUCAAUGUGCAGGAAUUAAAUUGAUAAGAACAAUAAGUUGUUUACAUGUAAGUAUAGAAGUUAUAUAAGUAGUACGAGGUCUAAACAUGAUCUAAAAAUGUUACAAAAAGAAAAUAUAAAUGAGAUGAUAUAUUAUUAUUGAAAAAAAGUGUGUUACUUAUAAAAUUUAAACACCUUCUCAUAAAUGCCAUACAAUUUCAUAUAUAUUUUGUUUUUGUAACAUCUUUUAAUUAAUCUUACUAAUUACAAAUUCUAUUUUUGAAUUGUGUAUGAAACAAUUUUCUUUUAUCAAUUAGGAAAUUAAAUCCUGAAAGAAUGCUGCAUGUAGUUACAGCAAAAGAAUUAUGUAAGUAAUUAAAGUGGUAUAAAGACGUUGCAAGAAGAAAAUAUAUAUAAAACGAUGUUUUCUUAAUGAUAAAUUGUGUAAUUUCUAAAAAUUAAGCACCUUCUCAUUAAUACCAUAAAAUUUCAUGUAAUAUUUUCUUUUCGUAACGUCCUUGAAUCACUCUUACCAUUUACAACGAAUUCUAUGUUUGAAUUACGCGUGAAACAAUUUCUUUUAUCAAUUUAAUUCUUAUAUUCCGAGAAUGGGUCAACGACUGCUUCAGCUGGCUACAAUCAAUAACUAUUCGAUUGAAAAUUAAGCAUGAACGACCCCAAGUCAUGUACUUUUUAUUAAAAAAAAAAUCUUGCCCAUCUCUGUCCGAAAGUAAGAGCUAACAUCGUGAAUGUUUCAUGUAAGUAUCGGCACGCGAGCAACAUUUAAUUGCCGACUGAUUGAAUCGAAAUGCACGAAGAACCAUCCAUUAAUGCAGAACUUUCCCAUCGGUUUCUAUAAUUUUAUAACGCAUCACCGCACUUCCCCGCAAAUUCUGUAUACCGAAUGAUAGAAAUAAUGUUCUUGGGUUUUCAAACACUGCUCUCGAAUCGCAAGAUGUUGCAUUGUACGGCCACAGGAGGAUGAAUUGUGCUAGUUAUUCGAUGCGUUCCUUUUAGAUUGUACGAUACUAUUGAAUGCACGAGCAUUGAACGAAGAGUAUUGCUCCAGUUUCCAUACAUUCAAUUGAAAUAAGCACGAUGUAAAUAAGAUGAAUACAGUAAAUACGCUUCGUGAGCUUUAAUCUCAAUUUAAUUUUGAUGGAAUUUGUUAAAUAUUAUCAAGAAAUAAAACAAUAUAGUUAUUGAUAUCUAUAUUGUAAUACAGAUAUAACUCUAUUGUUUCUUCUUCUGAUUACUAAAUUAUUACUAAAUUAUAUCUUAUGAUUCUUCCUAUGUAUAUGAGAAAUAUUAUCUUUAUACAUAUACACAUAAAAAUUGUUCUUUCCAAAGGAUAAACCUUCAUAUUACAAUACAUUUCUAUCCAAAUAGUAACAAAUUGAAUAAUAAAGAAUUAUUAUUUUAAAGGAACAAUUGUUGACAAUUUAAAAUACAAACUUAUUCAAUUCUUCGAAAGGAUAUCUCCAGAUAAACUUUUAAGUUGUGUCUAAAAGAAUUUAUAUGUAUUAUGUGACAAAUUAAAAAUGUAGAAAUCAAAGAGGCUCGGUAAAAUAUUUUUAUUUUGAUUGAUGGUAUGGAAAUGCUGGCACUGCUCUUCCAUUUAAUUCUCGUAUCGUUUUGCUGCAAAGUAACACGGUUACGUUGAAAGAGACUUUAAUGCCUGUUAAGAGCGACCCAUUAAUUAUAUAAUCUCCUAUAACACGGGAUAAACAUGUCGAAAAUCAUUACAUAAAUUACGGAAUUAUUAUUAUUGUUGUAUUGUGUAAAUUACAUUGCGAAUAUGAAUCGUAAAUCAUUACAAACCUUCAGUAUAUUCCUAAAUAUUUAUUACAUAAAUUUUGCCAAUUAGCACGUUCAUCCCUAAAAGUUCUCUUAAUAAUAAGAGAAUUUAACUUGUGAGAUUUCAUUUUGCAACAGUCGAUGAUAAUAAUUCAAUGGUAUUUAGUUUUAAUUUAAACUAAUUUUUAGACAUUAAUUUGUACACUAGCGAAUAGAAAGACUGACUUCUCCCACCAAAGUGUGAUUUAUAUCCUUAAGAAGGCUUGGUAAUGAUCGAACGAUUAAUAUGAAAGGUUGACGUAGUCUGACUGCUUUGGAAAUGAAAUAAAAACAUUAAGGUUUGUAUGAUAAUGGAGCAGCUCGAUUGAGAAUAUUCGCGAGCAACUUUUCCGCAACCUCGUCGAAACAGAGAUGAAAGUCACGAUGUAAUUAAUUGCACCGUACGAAGAAAAAAGGUGAGACGCUAUUAAAACAGAUGAAGAGAAAAAAAACAAUUAUAAAGACGGACACCUAUUAACGAUUGUAAUUACCGUCACUGAAACCAGAGGCAUAUGUGAUUGAUUUUGAGUGACUUGUGUUUCAAAUCGGUGAACCGUUUCUCGACAGAGAAUAUUGUCCGUUUUCAGAAUGAAUGUUAAAUAUACGACUGUUUGUUUUUAACGACGCUCGAUAACAAAUUCACAACGAUUAUAAUACGAUUUGUUCCUUAAACGAAUGUACCGGUUUUGCACAAGACAUGUCUAACUACGAACAAGAAAUACAUGUUACAUGUAUGUACUAGCCGCGUAUAUCUAAGUCACAAUAAAUAGUCAAUUGUUUCAUAUAAAGUAUAAAUAAAAUAAAACAAAAAACCAUAACACGAUCGUUAUUUUUCGUGUUGUUGCGCAAUAUGUCGCCUGCAACCUAAACACUUUUCAUUUGCUUAAUUUCUCAUUCAAGUUUGUAUCGAUCCUGAUUUGGGGCUUUAUAUUAUGUUUAUAGUAAAGGUACAGUUGACAACAUGAGUAUGAUUUAAAUAAUAUUUCAUUCAAGGUGUGCUGCUGCUGCUAUUACUGUAACUACGACUAUUGAAAUUAUUAUUAGUACUGUUAUUAAUCUUAUAUUUUUUCCUUUAAAUAAACACUAAUUAUUUACU